AUAUAUAUAUAUGCUUAUUAUAGUCUCAGGCUAACCAAAACCUUGUAAGUGGAUUUCAUACUUGGAAACUGAAAGAAGACUGUCGUAUAUAUAUCUACGUGUAUCUGUGUGUCUUGUGUUUGUACCCUUGACAACUGAUAUUGCUGUUUACAUUCCCAUAACUUAGCGGUUUGGUAAAAGACACUGACAGAAUGAGUUCUAUUCUUACAAAUUCUGCUGAGGUUGACUUUGCCUUUCAUCCUUUCAGAGUACCAGUUAUGUACUGGGUCGAUAUAAUUGACUGCCCCCCCCCCAAAAAAAAACAUUUGAGGCCUUGUACCUAUAGCAGAAAGCAUCAUUGUUAUCGUUAUUAAGGCGGUGAGCUGGCAGAAUCAUUAGCAGGCCAAACGAAAUACUUAGUGGUAUUUCGCCCAUCAGUACGUUCUGAGUUCAAAUUCUGCCAAGGUCGACUUUACCUUUCAUCCUUUCGGGGUCGAUAAAUUAAGUACCAGUGAAACACUGGGGUCGAUAUAAUCGACUUACCCCCUCCCCCAUAUUUCAGGCCUUGUGCUUUUAACAGAAAAGGAUUGUUAUUAUUAUGCCCGUGAAGGUGGUUGGCUGUUCCAAUUCCUUAGCCUCGCCAUCGCUUCUGGUAAUGCCGCGAGCGUGUUGGCUUGCUUCGGGAGGUUCUCUGUUAACCUUGAGAUGUGUGAUCGAUUGAGGCACUUGGUGGUGAAUUGAUAUUUUUGUCGUUUUUCUUAUUUUCUUUCCUUAUUUUUCCUUGUUCCUCUUUUCCCAUUUUUUCUUCGUAUUUUUAAUGUGGUUUUGCCUAAUGUAUGCAUCAUGUACAUACGUGUUAUAUUCCAAUAAAAUUAACCUAAAUAAUAAUAAUAAUAAUUAUUAUUAUUAUUAGCUGUAGUGAUGGCGGUGAUGGGAAUAGAAAUAAAAAGAAGAAAAAGAGGCGGUGUUCAGCUUCGUUUUCUCUCUCUUUUUCACUGAAUUCUCGUAGUUGAUUGUUGCAAUUGUGUACGUCUGUUGCCAUGGCAGCCAGCACAGAGACAAUAUGGCGUCCUAACAGCAACGUUUGUGAUGUUAGGACUUCUAUUUGACGCCUGAUUCCUUAUCGUCCAAGACUCCUCUUCAGGGGUCAGUCUUGUCAGAAUGUUGGCCGGAGCUUACUCGAAACGGUUUCGCAAACUACAAGAAUACCAGAUUGAAAAACUGAAGCUCCUGAAUGCUUCCUAUGAGGAUUGUGUUAACCGCAACAAUGAAGAAACGGCCAAUAUCAUAGGGAAAGCCAGGCGCCUCUCUCAAGAAACAAACAAAAGGAGAAAAGUUCUAGCUCUACGAAGGAAGCAAGAAAGUCAAAGAGAGGAGAACCGACGCCAAGAAAUUUUACUGCACCGGCGAUUAUUGCAGCAAGAGGCAACAGAACGGUUUCAGAGGGCACCGCUUCAAAGUUGCAGCAGAAAAGGAGCAAGUUGUCCUAAUACGCCCCUGGAGGAAGUGCUCCAGAUCAUACGAGGUGAGACAUCUAACAGUAAGGCAACAAGUCAAACCACUAAACCACUUCGAUCCCACUCAGCAAAACUACCGAAGGAAGUUCAGUUUGGUAAUGCUGUCCUAACCACAAAACCACCCAUUCACACACCGUCCCAAUUACAGUAUUUGUUGAAUCCUUCUGAGAGAGCAACUUUGUGCAGCCAGAAGAACUUAAAAGCUAUGGUCAACAACCGGGACUUGUUUGAGCAGCAACUGCGAAGACAUCAACAGCAACCAUUUGAUCAGGGGGCAUCCCCUGCAUCAAAAGAAGACCUAAGCGACUCUGAUCAAAGUAUUUCUAGCAGUGAGACUUACAGGAAGAAAUGCAAGCUACCAUCAAGUGCAUCAAACCAAAACACUUCUAUAGCCAUCGGUGACCAUAUUACCAAAUAUAAUAAGAUGCUUUUGGUUGGCAAUGGUAACAAAAUGAUUGAUGAACAGCAUUCUUUAAAUGGUAACCAUAGAACUUGUGAAGCCAACUCAGAAUGCAAUGGUUGUGGUGACUAUCCUUCCUGCUGCAAUAAUAGUACCACCAAACAGGAACUCCUACCAAAUUCAGAGCCUUCAACAAAAUGGUCAAACCACAAAGCUGCUCAGUUAAUGUCUCUCUUAGGACCUAAAACAGUUGCCCACUCUUCUGCAAAUGUGAAACCAAUCACAGCAUGGUCGAGUCCUGGAAAUCAUCUAAAGAACGACAAGAAAAUAAAUGGUACCAUGGAAAAUUGUGAUCAGUUUGAAAAUUAUCGUCAAAUGGAAAAUACUUGUAUUAGAGACACCAAGUGGCCCCAAAAUUCUACAGUUGACCCAAACAAUAAGCCAUUAAGUGGUGGAAGAACUUGGACAGUUUCAAAACAUAAUAUUUAUGAAAGACAGCUUUCGAAUUUUUCAAAUACUUCCUCUAACAUUUCUUAUAGUUCUUCUAAAUUGAAUGGGCCAGCUUCAGAAAACCAACAUGCAGACACUCAACCAGAUGUUGCUCUUCAAACUGGUUGUAAUUCUAUAAUUCAUAAAACUACAGAGAGUUCCAAAAGUAACAUGGCAUCUACUUGUAAGAAUACUGUGACCAAUGCUACUACACCAACCAAAGAACAGUAUUCAACCACUAGCUAUCAAUCAACAAGGCAAACUUCAGCCAAUAACCAUCAAGCAAUUAGACAAAAUUCAGCUAAUAGUUAUCAAAGAACAAGACAGAAUUCAACCACUAAUCAUCAAGAAAUAAAGCAUAAUUUUGUCAACCAUUGUCACGCACACAAACAGAAUUCAUCCCCUAACUGUCAAACCAGAUGGAAUUCAACCAAUCCUGAAGCAAAACAUGAAGUAUCUGAUCAUGUGACAGCAAACAAGAAAGCUAGUAAAACUGGACCAGAAAAUGCCUCAACUGUUGUCAUUUCAAAUCAAAAGAAAUCAAACUCAAGUUGUCCUGCAUUAAAAAAAUGGGACAAUGACAAUGAUGAUAGUGAUGCUGAUGAUGAUAUUGAUGAUGACAGUAAUAACUAUAAUAAUUACAAUCCUAUAAUGCCUUGUUGCCAUGUAACACCAAAAGUUAUUGUGAGAAAGCAGUCGGUUCUGGCAUCAGAGGAAACGCAUCCAGGAUACAAAGAUCAGAAGAAACACAACUUUCACAGUUACCAUUCCAAUGGAAAGAAUCUUGAGACAAAUGGUAAUGGUUGUGAAGAAGUUAGAGCUGGGACACAGAUUAAGAAGAAUGGCAAAUCUGUCCGUAGUAUUCUGAAACAUCAGACUGAUGCCAAUGUCAACCAAUCAGCAAUCCCUUUUCAACUAAAAGACAGCCUGGAAAUUACUCGUUUACAUUAUUCAACCAAUCAAAGGGAGAAUACUGACAGAAAUGAGAAACCAUCCAAGAAGCAUGUUCACUUUGCAAUGGAGAACAUCCUGUGUGAGAAACAGUUGCAGACUUCAAACAUUGUUAAGGACAAAAUAGCAGGUUUUGCAGCGGACAAACCAUUGACCACUGGCUUGAAGUGUAAGGCUGACCCCACCAAUACAUAUCAAGGUGAAAAGAGUGGAAUUGUAAAAGAAAAUCAAGAAAAUCAGUAUGGAAGUCGCCCUUCAGCAAAAGCUUUUAUUAUACCACAGUCUAGUGUCAAUAAUGAUGGCCAGGCAUUGACAAACAGCUGUAACGAGACUAUGACAAGUGGGAAACCUGCAGAUAAGAAACCUGGCAUACAACACAUCACCAUGGGGAAGCUGAAGAAUAUGUUCAGUUCUCAGAUCCCGCUUCCAGUCAACAGUCCGGCAUUGUCAAACAUUUCAAACCAGAGCGGGAACAAGAAGCCUGCUUCAAACUUAGGUGAGAGGAGAAAACUGCUAUCUGCUGGUGGGGUGCCAUCCAAGCCACCCGUAGGUCUCCAUGUAGACAAGACACCCACAGAUGAAGAAAUCAAUUUGGUGUGGCAGAAAGUGAAAUCCUGUUUCAAACAGAACUCUACAUACCACCAAAAACACCAUCAUCAUCCCCAGCAACAACUACAUGUAAAAUACCAGCAGCAACAACAACAACAACAACAGGUAGCUGCAAACACACAGCCCAUUCACUUUAAUGGUCGAUUGCUCACCUGCAAAAUGCCAGGCUGGGGCAAUAACCUGAGUAUUGUACAUCAGAAUGGUUUCGACAAUUUCAACUCCAUGGAGAAAUCCGACAACUAUCUGAGACGACUUGCCUUUCUACAGCAGAAAGCCAAACAACACUCUCAUGCCAUUCACAAUAACAACAACAAUAAUGGUAAUAAUAAUAAUAAUAAUAAUAAUAAUGACAGUAGUCAUUGUUAUUAUGAUGGUACAUUGAGCAAGACAGAGAACAGUAAUGUACGGAACAAAGUGAAACCAAUGCCCAGUGUUCACACACAAGUCAGUGAAAGCCUGGCUGCAUUUCUCGCAGCCGAAGACUACUCCAAGCUACUCAACGUGACAGACAAGCAAACGAUGGUUGCAAUGAACCAUGCUGCAGCAGAGCAGCAGGUGUUUAACAGAAGACAGCUGCACAUUAAAGGUCCAACAAUAUUAUCUCUCGAAGAACAACGACUUAUGGAAUCCCUUGAAAGGAUUAACAACAAAUUAAAAGCAUCAAGAAUUACAAAAUAUCAGUGAAAGUAAACUUCCAGCGGCAGAAGAACACAAGAAAUUAAUCUGUGAUAUAUUUAAAAUGAAACAAUUAAAAAAAAAAAAAACUCUAUAAUGAAAAUAAGAACAAAAAUAAGGAAAAAAGGAAAUCUCCCCCACAAAAUAAAAUUUUUAAAUGAUAUAUAUAGUAUUAUUAUUAUGCUAAAGAACAAAAACGAAUAGUAAAAUUAUACAAUUAAAAUACAAAGCGUUAACUAUUUGAAACUAAUUCAGUUCAUUAUACAAAAAAAUAAAAUAUAUAAAAACGAAUUA